UAUGCUGUGUGUAGUCAGGUGAGGUAGCGUGAAACUAAGUAAAUAAGAAGCCAAGUGAGUGGGUUAAGAUAAGAAUUUUGGAGUAUUUACGAACAAAUCUUUACCAGUGUCGAAGUUAAUCGGCAGUUUUGCAGUGUGGGUAGUGAGUGGGUGUUGUUUAUUUAGUCAGGUGAGGUGGCGUGGAAUCAACAGUUAAUGGGAAACCAGACUAAGGCCCCACCAUGCCUGGGAAGGUGAAGGUUCGUGUGCUGGCAGGCCGCAACCUGCCGGUGAUGGAUAGGUCGUCGGACACCACAGAUGCCUAUGUGGAGGUGAAGCUUGGCCAGGUCACCUUCAAGACAGAGGUGUUCAGGAAGAGCCUCAACCCACAGUGGAAUUCAGAGUGGUUCAGGUUUGAGGUGGAUGACCAGGAACUUCAGGACGAGCCACUACAGAUCCGCUUGAUGGACCACGACACUUACUCUGCCAACGAUGCCAUAGGGAAGGUGUAUGUGGACCUGAACCCCUUGCUGCUCCCCCCACAGUGCCACCUCCCCUCCCAGAGGCCACAUGACCCCUCCCAGCCAGGCACAGCAGUCAUGUCAGGUUGGCUUCCCGUCUAUGACACAAUGCAUGGGAUCCGAGGGGAGGUCAAUAUUGUCGUCAAGGUGGACCUCUUCUCAGAUUUCAACAGGUUUCGACAGUCAUCGUGUGGAGUCCAGUUCUUCUUCACUCCGGAGAUCCCUGCUGGGUACCGCUGCCAGAACAUCGUGGGCUUUGUGGAGGAGCUGGUGGUGAAUGACGACCCAGAGUACCAAUGGAUAGACAAGAUUCGUACGCCACGUGCCAGCAACGAAGCAAGGCAGACUCUCUUCUUCAAGCUGUCUGGAGAGUUACAGCGUCGCAUUGGCCUUAAAGUACUGGAGCUUGGAGGGAAUGCAGUCAUCAGUUACCGCCAGUACUUCGAUCUUGAGGGAGAGACAGGUAUUGUGGUGAGAGGUCUAGGGUCGGCCGUCACCCUUGUCAGGCUGCACUAUGACACAGGCGGAGGGGGAGGCACAACACACUCCCCUUCACCACUGCGAGAGAUCACCAACCAGAGAGAAGAGGAGGAUCUGGUGCUAGAAAACAUCUAUGCUGUUUCCUUGAGCCCUUCCCAUCCCCUCAUGCCCAUCUCAGUGGUGCAUCUUCCUCCUCACAAGCAGUCCACUGCCUCAGCUCCCCCAUCCUGCCUUUGGCUGCCCCCUGCACCCAUGCACAGCCUCCACCCAUGUCACAGUGGCCUCCCUUACCCCUCUCCAUCUACAUCUCCCACUCUGCCAUCUCAGUGGCUGGACCUGAUGGUGGGGCCAGGGGUGGGGGAGGGCCAUGAUGGGAGGGGAGGCCGCUGGAUGCUGCGGGGACUUCCCCUGGGUCCUCUGGGGAAGCGAAAGACUCGGCCCGCAACCUCUGUUGUGCAGCACCCGCCUGUGUUCAUGCAACGGAACCCCUCCAUGGGCUGGCGUCAGUCCAGCCGGGGACACCCCAAGCACCACAAGGCCUGGACAGCCAAGUCAGGACCCCAUGGGAUGGCUCACAACAGCUCCCGCAAACCAGCCAAUCACGACAGUCUGGAGUCCCUGAGGGCUGGCCUGCGCCGCACUGCCCAGCGUGUCAUGAGGCUGCGUGCUGGUCUGGAGAAAUCACAGAGCUUUGACACCGGCACUGUCCACUCCAGGCAAGUUGGGGGAACCUCCAAGGGCACCAAGACUGUGGGACGCCUUCUGAAAGCCCGUGGCCAGUCCUGGGCUGCCCCAAGACAGCCACACUUAACCCUGAGACAAGCCAGAGAAUCCCUCACCUCUCCUGAUGACUGUAGAGAUGACUGGGACCUGGACUCCCCUGACAUAGUGGAGGUGGUGGGCCUGGAGGAGACUGAGAUAGGGGAGGAGGAUGAGGAGGGCCCAGAGGUUACAAGCAUCCAGUACUCCUUCAAGCGAGUCUCUGCUGCCCACUCUGACCCAACUCUUAACAGGAGUAUCUUUGCCAAGCAGCGGCUUGCGGCAGCAAGGGUACAGCCGCCUGCCCAGAUACAGCUGGUGUCUUCUGAUGAGGAGGACUGCAGCUCUGGCCAGGGCUCCUCUGAUGACAGCAGUCCAGAAUGCCAGCCCAUGCCAACUUUGCCUGUUUGCUCCCCUAAGAAGCAAAAGUUCUACCUGAGUGAGGACAGCCUGGAGAAUGCAGAGCCUGCCCUUCUGACCUUGCCGGCUGCCCCAUGCCGCUCCUCCAGUGACUCUCAGUUGAUGGAGCUGGAGAACUAUCCUGGCUCUCCUUUUCGACCCAAGUGCCACACCUUUUCAGGCAAGGAGAGGCCCAAACUAUUCUUGAAAACCAUCCAGGGCCAGGAUGACCUGCACCUGAUAGACGGUGGGAAGGCAGAGUGUCAUAAAACUGCCAAAAAGGUACCACUCUCACCCAUUGUCCCAGAAUUCUCUCCUGAAUCCCUCACCUUCACAGACAACACCCAGCAGUGUUAUGAAUUAGAGGGGGAGCACUCUGCCACUUCUCUACCCAAGGAGGAAACAACAAAAUCAAAGAAAGGAAAGAUGGUUCUUACCUUAAAUUCCCUCCAGCCUCAUGCUUCACACACACACUCCUCCACCCUCCCUCUCCUCCCUGCCAUUGCAGUCACUCCCUCCACUCCAGUCCUUCCUGCUAGGUCCCGUACAUCUCCUGGUACUCUGGGGCAGGAGUGCUAUGCUUGUGGGGUGCAGGGAACUCCCACAGUCCUCACAUCCAGAAUUGUGGAAGGCAGGGAAGAGACUGAGCUGAAUGCCGCCAAAGAAUCAUCAUUUUCCUCUUUCAUCUCAGGAUCAUCUUCCUCCUCCUCAUCAUCCACCCCUCCUACCAUCUCCAGUACUUGCCAUUCUCCACUUCCUCCUCCACUGUCACUUUCCAUUCUUCCUCCUCCUCCUCCUCCUCCUCCUCCUCCUCCUCCUCCUCCUCCUCCUCCUCCUCCUCCUCCUCCUCCUUCUUCCUCUCUUCCUCAUAGUGUGAGCAUGGAGAAUCAGGAAAUGCUGGAGUCUGCUUUAGAUGUAGUAGUGUGUGCUAAGUGUGCUCCUCCUUCUCCCACCCUGCCCUCGCCUCGCCCCGCCUCUAGCCUAGACAUGCUUGCGGAGGUCCGGCCAGGCUCGGCACCCUCUGUCGGCUCCCCCAAGCGGCCCUUGGCCCGUAGUCGUCACACUAGCGGCUGUUACCCCUCCUUCGUGUCCAGGAGUCCGCUGCCCCCAGAGCCUGAUGCACCACAGACAGCCCCCAUCCCCCAGCCCAAUGGAGUGGUUGGGGGGGGCCCAGGAGCGGGAGGCACAGCUGCAAACUCCUCACCCACACACUCCGGGAAGCUGGCCAGUCCUGCCCGCACUCCUGGAGUCUCCAUCAACAGACGGUCUUCAGACUCUGACCUCUCCAUCACUCCUAAAGUCUCUCCCUCAAACACAGGAAGCAGCCUAGCAGGGAGUGGAGGGUCCUCGAGUGGGGGUGUGGUGGGAAAGGUGGGAGGCAGCGCACUGUCUGCCUCACACCACCGCCCCAUCAUGACCCAAGAGUCCUUUGACCUCCUGGAGUAUCCUUUCCUCACCAUGAAGUCCUUCCCACCAGGCUUCAUCCUUCAUCUAGGAGGAACCGUCAGCGCCCGAUCCGUCAAGCUGCUGGACCGGCCACACCCUCCGGAGGAAGUAGAGACUCGAGACAAUUGGUGGACACAACUCAGGAUGGAGAUCAGGUCCCACACACGCGCCCUGGCUUGUAAUGUGGUGUUGGGCUAUGAGGAAUUCACCACUAUUAGUGAUGAGGUGAUUGUACUCAAUGCAACUGGCACGGCAGCAGUGAUCAGCCUCCGCUAUCUGGAGACAGACAACAUUGGAGGCAUGUCAGGGCUGCCCAGAUCCCUCCGUGACCCCAUGACCCUCUCUCUCGACCGCAAGGACUUUGAACAACAGCAACAACAGCAGCAGCAGCAGCAGCAGCAGCAGCAGCAGCAGCAGCAGCAACAACAACAGCAACAACAGAUGCAGCAGGGGGGAGUGCCACAGCAGGCGCCAGGGAAGGUCCAGGCCUGCAAGGAGGGACACACAGGCUCACAGGUGUGCUUGAGGCAUAGAGUUUCAAGCCCUCGCCCUCUUAAGCGAUUUGUUACAUGCAUGAGUCGCAGUCAUCCCUGCAUAGAGGAUGGAGUGUGUGGGGAGGGUGGUGGCAGCAGCAGUGGUCCCUCUCAGUCCACAAGCAACCCCACUCCAGGCUGCCCCACUCACACCUCAGCAGCCCCCACCCUGCCCCCGCUGUGUGCCAUGUGCCAUGUGCCAUAUUCUGAAACGUCUCUUCCAUUCAGGGUCAAGAUCUCCAAGUGUGCUGUGUGCAGAAAAGGAAAAGUGCCAGAUGUCCUCUUCACCACCCUGGAGCUCCCGACAUGUCUGCCUGUCUCUGGCAUAGGCUGUCUCAUUCAAGCCAGAGUUGCCAGAUCCAAGAAGGACCUCAAGGGUGAACUGAAUGCCAAGGAAAUCUCAGACUCAUUGCCAUUCCUGGAGUAUGAGCUUCAUAAACACCUUAUUAACAAGAUGAAGAUCAAGGGGAUGAACUCACUGUUUGGGCUGCGGGUGCGGGUGACAGUGGGUGAGCGGCUUAUUGUUGGGGUGGCCACGGCAACAGCAGUUUUCCUGACGGCACUUCCCCCACCGCCAGUUCCCCGGGUGACCGGGGGUGCAGGGCGGGAGGACGAGAAGCGCCGAGUGGAGGUACAGAAGCUCCUCCAUGCCACCAUUGCCCGCAACAAGGAGUGUUAUGGCCUCAAACACGUGCCUGCUGAUUUGGGUGAUGAAGGAGUGCCCUCAGAUACUGAGGAUUCUGAGGAUGACCUUCCUGAGAUUGACCUUUCUUCAGGCAACAAAGACACAUCAGUCCUGGAGCUUGAUGAUAUGGAAGAUGCAGAAAUGAUUGAUCUCUUAGUGGAGGCCAACCCACCGGUCCACAUGGUGGCAGUAACAACUCAACUACCACCUGGAGUGCCCCGGGAGACCAUCGUUACCAACCUGCAGAUGUUCACUCGUGUGUGGCGGGCAAAAGUACCGACCUUGCUGAGUCACAACAUUUUCAACCAUUAUUUUGACAAGCUGCUUCAGAGUGUAUAUUUCAAGGUACGCAAGCUAUCUCCGUGCAUCAUCUCGGGUCUCCGAGUGAAUGUUGAGUUGCCAGAAGAGGAUGAGAUACAAAUCAGCCUCUUUGGGAUGGUGCUGGGACAGGGGACUCUUCCCACUGUUCCAUCCCUCCCACCAACCAGCUCUUCCCAAAGCCAGGCCCCUGUGCCUCACUCCAUUCAUCCUGAAGUCCCACAGAAGAAAGCUAAACAAGCACUAUCAACAGAUGAUGGGGAGAUGAUCUUCAAAAUGGAGGAGCUGGUGCCAGCAUCAGAGGAGACCAAGCCAAAGCCCACAGCACAGCCUCCUCCACCCUCUACCACCACCACCAGCACCAUCACUGCUGCUGCCACCACCACUGCCAGCAGACCAUUAAUGGGAGGCAUUGGAGGAGCCCUCUCUAUUACCCCUGUGUCUUCCUUCCCUUCCAUUCCUUCCUCCACCUCCAUCAGUUCUUCCACGUCUUCUGCUAGAUCAUCCCUUCGUUCCAAGAAUGACCCCAAGUAUUGUCAUUACACUCCGAGAGAGAGGUACGGAGUGGAGAUAACUCCGCUAUCAUACAUCCCUGGGGCACGCAUUGAAUCAUAUCUGGGGAACCUCAACUUUUUCUUCAUCAGGGAGUCCACGAGCAUCAAGGAGGUGAGAAAGAGUGGUGGACUAAGUGGAUUCAUGGGCAGCUUUGUCACUGAGGUCCUUGCACUAGUUCGAGCACAUGUGGCAGCUCUGGGAGGCAAUGCAAUGGUUGCUUACUUCAUGUCUGAAUGUGUCCUCCUCCACAACCCUUACAAAAACCAGGGUCAGUGUCUCAUUAAUGUGGGAGGAGACGUGGUGCAGGUACAGUACAAUGCCACGGCUCUGGUGUCUGAUGCCCCGGUGGAGGAGUGAGUAGCUCAGGUGAGGAUGUAGAGUGAGAGUGGAAUUCUUUUCCGUACCUCUUACUUUAUUAUUUUUUUUAUGUAGGAAAAAAUAACCCAGUGAAGUGCCAAUCCUAAAAGAAAUGUCAAAAGUGUCAUCCAGAAUUGAAGGACAAGUGUCUUGAAAUCUCCCUCUGCAAGAGUUCAAGUCCUAGGGAGGAGAAAAUGUAGAAGCAGACCAGGAGUUUCAGAGUUUACCAGAAAAAAGGAAUGAAUAACUGAAUAUACUGGUUAACUCUUGCAUUAGAGAGGUGGAGAGAAUAGGACUGAGAGAAAGUAGAAAGUAUUGUUCUUACCUCUUAUCUUCUUAUCUUAAUACUUCCUAUGGUAGUGUUCAGGUUUAUCACUUAAAUCUCAUCUAGUGGUUUUAAAAUGAUAGAAGUCAAGUCAUCUGCCUAGCAAGGAUGACUUGGUGAGAUUCAUUAUGCAUACUUUAUACUUCCAUCUAUUUCUAUUAUACCAUAGUCUUCAGUACCCUAUUUAUCAGUAUAUUGGGAUGAUAAUCUAUAUGAAAGAGUGGUUUAGUCUAUUAUACACUAACCUUCAUCUAAGUACUUAGGAUGCAAUAUUCAAGGUACUCUUAUCUGUACAUAGUGCAAAUGAUGAAUGAAUGUAUGGAUGAGUUCAGUUCCUUGUAAGAUGAAUACUAUACGCAAGAGGUUCUGAAGUACUUGUAUAAAUUAAUAGAGAAUAUUUGAGAGAGAGUUAGAGAAAGAGAGAGAGUUGACUUGAGUCUUGUACAGAAUAAUUUUUUAUUCAAAGAAGUUUUUUGAAGACAUUUAGUGGUUUAUCUCCUGCAUAGGCUGUGUAUGUGUGCAAGUGUGUGUAUAAGUGAGCAGGUAUUGAUAUAUAUGGUGUGUAAGUAUGUACAUUUGUAUAGUUGAGGUAAGGGGAUCUCAGUGUGGUAUAUAGGUAAAGAUUUAUUUGCAUAUAUAUCAUUGUUUAUCAUUAUAAUUAUUGCAUAUUAUUGUUGUCAUCAGUCCAGAUAGUGGAUGCUGUGAUAGAGCAUGACACUGCUGAGAGAGUAUACAGCUGCAAAGGGAAAUGUUAAUAUUGUCACCAUAACACAAACUUCAUGAGUAAUUUUUCUUUUGGACAAUUUUGGGAUUUUUUGCUUAGAUAAAUUCCUUGUUAUAUGGCACACAUAUUUGUAUAGUCCAGGGUGUGAGUGGGCCAAAAUUAAUCUGAAUUUUAAUGCUUGUAAUAUGAAAAUUAAGAAAAUAAUUCUUUAUUUUCAUUUUCCAGUAUGUAGAGAAAAACUACUUGGUUUGUUUAAGGUGAUGAUAUAGUGAUGAAUAAGUUUUAGGUUAUAAUAAAAAAUUAACAAGGUGAACAAAUGAAUGUUUAGAGGCCAUAUUAUUCCAUAUGAACAAUAAACUACAGCUGUACCUAUGAAUCAUGCAGUAGUAAUUAAGUAUAUCUUAAUGAACAUAUGAUUGAAACACAUGAGAUUAAGGAUCAGAUCUGAGAAAGCUAACGUUGUACACCUGAUCAAUAUUAUUUUAAUCUCUCUGUAUCACAAGUUUAAAUGGAUAUUCAAGGAAGGCUUUCCAGCUCAUAUAUUACAUAAUUGAGGUGCUUAAUUAUGACAUGCAUGCAGAUAUAAGUUGUUAUAGAGGGAGGAGAAGCUGCACUGUGUAUGUUUGGUAGGGAGGUGUGUAGAGACUGAUUCUGUGCAAUACUUUUUUACCUGAGAAUUUUGACUGUGCAAUUUUUAAACCCCCGCAGAUAUCUCACAUUAUAUUAUUCACUUACAUAUUUAUUUGUGUUUAUUUAUUAGUAUUCUAUUUUUUUCUACAUAUUGCAGCUUUUCUUUACACUAUCUUUCUAGUCUUUUUCUUUCUUUUUUUUUAGAUUUUUUUUUUUUCACUUAACGCAAGGUCUUACAUAUCGUUCCUUAAUUUGUAGUGGGUAUUAGUUGCAGCAUUGGUCUUUGGUUUGUAGUAUUUACACGUUACUGUUGAUAUACUGCUCUAUUGAUAAGGGAUACAAGUAUUAACACAACUUUUCUCCCUCUAAGAUGACAUUUACUUUACUUCAUCACGUGCAGCAUAUCCAUUUGAGUCAUUUUAAUCCUCAGAGGCAAAGGAUCUAUGAAUCUUUCUCCAUGCUGUAAGAAGAAUUAAGAUCAGCUUGACCUACAGAGUCAACAGUUACAUAUAAUUUAAGUUUUAGCUCUGACUGCUAUGAAUUCUUAAGUAUAAUUAAAAUGUUCUAUUGUAAAUUUAGAGAUUUCAGAAGAUCAUUAGCAGUAGGAGUGAAUAAUGGAGUGGUUUGAUUCUUCUACUGUCUGAUGCUUUUUUUUUUUUUCUUUUUUCUUUGGGGGGGUGGCCUAAUAAAUCAUUAAAAGUUACUCAAAUCAAGUAAAAAGUUCAUCAUUAGCAGUCAGAGAGUUAAUAUUCAUGGUAUAGUUUAUCAAACAUCAGAUUUUACAUAAUUUCUUUCUCUGAACUGCAUUCCAGCCUAUGCAGCAUAUCACUUUGAUGGUUGGAGAGAGUGUGUUACUUCGUAAGGGAAAGAGAAGCUUUUGUUUUAUCUCAACAUGGCAGAGUAAUAAUACAAGAGUGCUCAGGAUAUGAUUCUCGCUCUUAACUUUUCCCCUUUCUAUGUCAAAAGUACGCAUUUCUCUUAACGUACUGUACUACUUACAAGCAUCGAAUUUAUUACAGGAGGUAUUGUGGUUAUGAUUUUAAGCAAUACUCUUAUAGGUUGUUUCCAUUCGUGUAUGUGUUCGUGUGUUACGUGCCGCCAUGCAGACAGAGCCUCUCGGGUGCUUGUGUUCCGUGUUGUGUUGUGUUGUGUGUCGGAAAGAGAGGUUCUGGUUCAGGUUCUGGUGUCAAAAAGUAAUGUGUUGCGUCCAGCAGUUUUUGAUGCAUAUAGAAAAGAUGUUGAGUUGAUGGUGUUCUUAUUUCCACGUUGCAUAUUGAAAGUGGUUCUGCUAUUUGUUCAUUAUCUUGGUUCAUGUCGUUUGUUAAAUCUCUCGGUUCGUGUUGUAAUGACAGCUAAGUGCUUUGUCACCUAAUAACUGAAAGAUGCACUUCUGAUAUUUUGAUAAAUGAAGUAAUUGUUUGUAAUUGACAUUCUGCAUUGAAUAAUAUGCAGAUUUUUCUAAAGCGAGUUCAUGUUUGUAUAUAUAUAUAUAUAUAUAUAUAUAUAUAUAUAUAUAUAUAUAUAUAUAUAUAUAUAUAUAUAUAUAUAUAAAUGGCAAUAACAUGUGUUGCUUAAUAUGUGAACUUUUAUUAUGUUUUCUACAAGGUCUCCCAAGUUAUUAAAAAGUGUACAAAGCCAAUGAAGCCGGCCUCUAGGAGUGUUAGCCGUAAAGUUAUAACCAGUGGUGGCAUGGUCAUUAGUAUUGUGCAAUAUUUCUACUGAAUAUUUACGUUAUUUAACAAGGGAAUAAAACUUGUGACAGAACU